AUGGUUGUCAAAUCAGGUUGGGUCCAGGUUAAAUCAGCAUGUCAUUUUCAGGUUGAUUUGACAUCAGAUUCAGUUCGGGUUCAAGUCGAGUUAAUUUUAGUUUUGAUUGAUGUCAGCUCAAGCCAAAACAGUUCAGGACCGAAGCAGUUAAAUACAAGGUUCUUGAGACGUGAAUUUUCGCCGGUAAGGUUUCUCAAGAACUUUGGUCGUAAAGUAGCAAAGGGUUUAAUGACAUUUUUUAGGCCUUCUCCUCCUAAGCUUACCUCUUCUUCUUCUUCUUCAAGAGGAUCAAAGCCAUUUGUGACUCAUGUUGUUGAUUCUCAUAGAAACGCUGCCGUUGAGGACUGCAUCCGAUUUAUCAACUCUUCUGCUUCUUUGCCUACGUCAAAUUCUGUUUCUGGCCCUACAUAA